AUGGCCCGGCUGGGCGGGCUGCUCCUGGCUGCCACCCUGGGCACCCUGCUCAGCUUCGUGCCCGUGGCCGCGGUGGCCAGUGACUACUGGUACCUCCUGGAGGCGGCGGCUGCCGACAACCGCAUGGGGCUCGGGCCGCUCUCCUUCCACUCGGGGCGCUGGCGCAUCUGUGAAGCGCUGCACCGAGCCGUCCUGGUGGUCCUGCGCCUGAGCCUCGUCCUCGUGUGCAGCUGGGUUUGCGGCCUCCGCAGGUCCCUGGCCCAGCACGCCCUGAUACUCUUCACCAGCUGCUGCUUCUUGCUGGGGGCUGAGUACGAGUGGGCAGGACCCCGGAAGCGGUGUCUGCAGCAGCACCUCGGCCAGGGCCCCAGGUGCCCUGACCCCGGCGGGCUUGUCGUCUACAUCAGCUGCUCACACCUGGUCGCAGAGACGGCCCGCCAGCAAGGCCCCGGUGUGCAGGACGUCCCCAUCGGCUUCGGCUGGUCCGCGCUGGCCUGGGGCUCCUGCGCCUCCCAGGCGCUCAGCGGUGCCCUCCUGCUCACGGCCCGCGCCCUCAGCCUGAGCCCCAGUGCCAAGGAUCUGGUCCAGAGGUCCCUCUUCUACCCUCUGCGUCGCACCUCCUCCUGGGCCAUGGUCCCCCACAUUGAAACUCUGUGGUUUGAACCCCCCUAA